AUGGCGAAAAGGACGGGCGAGCCGACCGUGGAUCACGCGGCCCCUCAAAAGCAUCCAUCAAUGGACUCGACUGAGUCGUGCUUUGUAGAUGCCAUGUGGCGAUUUCACACGGACGCACAGCAGUACACUACAUAUCCCAACUUUCGCAUGCUUUGCAGGCGAUGGGUCGACGAAGGAAAACCGGUGGACGCGAGAGACAACACGCAAAAGACCCCCCUCCACCAUGCCGCCCAGUGGGGGCAGGAGGAAGCGCUAGACUUCCUCAUAGAAUGCGGCGCAGACGUCAAUGCCGCCGACUUCAUCUCGGACACUCCGCUGCACUUGGCGUGCUACUUCGGCCACGCGAACUGCGUGCGUAUCUUGAUCAUGGUGGGCGCGAACAUCGCCGCCAACGAUUGUUACGGCAACACGCCAUCUCAGAUUUUCGACGACCAAGUGACGGAGCCGGUGUUGGACGAGGGGAUAAGGCUCCUUCACGACAAAGGUGCCACAACUUUUGACAUUGAUUGCUUGAUGCAGAUCCGCUUCAUUGUGCGAGAGGUGAUGAAAGGCCCGCCGUUGCUGCCGGAGCCUGGUCCAGACUUGGCUCGCCCGUCCUCAGAUGCCAAGCAACACCCGGUUGGCAAUCAUCGUCGCCAAAGCAGCUGCUCAACCGCGGCUGCAUCGCGCCCAUCUCAAGCGCGAAAAGAUAGCGGCACUGGUCAGCGGCCAGUCGAAGGCGGAAGAUUUUUUUCGGAACACGGAGCUACCGUGGAAGGGGCGACCCCACGAGUGAAAGCAGUGCCCUACACCCCGGGCGGGGGGAUACCGCCAAGCGCAUCGUCUACUGCGCUUAAGGCAGGGUUUGGGUUGGACAGAAAGAGUGACGUGAAAAGCAGUCCUGUAGGAAACGGUCAGGGUGCGAGCAGCACGCCGUUGUUAGGGUGUUCAGGUGUGGAGCAGCUGGAGCAGCAAAAAGGAAGGGUUGGAGGAGAUGACAGGGCGGGGGAACCAAGGGGUGAUGGGCAAAAAGCGGGCGUCAUCGCCGUGGAGGGGGCAGCGGUGCCUUCGCCGCUAGAUGGGCCUUCGCGGCCCGGAGGCCUUGCGCCACGCCCAAGGCUUAAGCUUCCUUGGGAAGACGAAGCGAGCCCCGAGCCAGCGAGAACAGAGGGGAGCGAAAGAUCUCCAGAGGGAGCCGCUGCGGACGCUUUUGGCGAUGAGAAUGCCAGCGCGCGAAUGGAAGGAAAAAAGGAUACAGCGGCGACGGGGCUGACUUACCCAGGACCCCGCCCCCUGUCGGCCCCUUCGAUGCGCCCCAUGAUUAGCGCAAGCAGGCUUAACGCUACGAUUCCGAUUCUCUCCGGGAGAAGCUACCAGGGGCAAAACGUCGUCGGGGGCAAGGGCGAAGGCGGGGGCGGCACUCUUGGUGCGAGCGGGAACUUGGGUCGCACGGGGGCUACUACCUUGGCGGGAAGGCUGGUGACGUACGCGACGAGACCCGGCGGGUCUUUGGACAUUUUCGCAGCUGCGAGAGACGGCCAGGUUAGCGUCUUGAAGCAAGCGCUGACGGAUGGCGAGGAGGUGGACGCCCAGGACGAGAACGGCCUGACCGCGCUCAUGUGGGCGGCUCGGGCCGGAAGACUCUCCACCGCCAAGUACCUCGUGUCUCAGGGGGCAAGCCUCACGCGGAGGGACGACGCCACGGGGUUUUCGCCUUUGCACUUCGCGGCGUACUACUGCAGGCAUGGUUCGAGCCACACGAUUCACGUGGAGAUUUUGCGGAGUCACGGAACAUCAGGAUUGCCUCUCGCAGCGGCGGUAUCCUACCUGAGCCAAGGCUCGACCGAAGAAGACGAGCGACCGUCGAAACACGGCAGCAACCACUUGAGCAGUGUCUCCCGCUCUCGCUCGCGGAGCCGCCCCGAUCCCUCGACGAGCAGCCGCCGAGCCUCGGCGGACAUAGCGCGUAGGGCCUACGCAACGAUGCAAACGAUGCACAGCGGGGUCGACGAUGGAUCGGUGGACAGGGAAAGGGGCAAAUUGGAGGUCUCGAGGGGCGGUGGUGCCGGGGACAGCAAUCCCGCUGGGGGCGUCCGCUACUACCUGAGGAGAGGGUCGCUCCAACAAGCAGUCGACAAGACUCGAAAGAUGAUGAGCAACAGACAAGAAGGUACCGCCGGCGACAGCAACGACAUUCGCUCCAAGAGGGCGAGCACCUCGAACCGCAGCCGCUCUUCCUCGCGACCGGUGUCGGGCGGUGGGGGGAGCGGGAGACAGAGCGGCGUCAGCUUCUACCUCCGCAGAGCAUCUCUGCAGGACGUACCGUUUCUCGAUGGAUUUCUCUCCGGCAAGAACCAAGAUAGUGGCGCGGCGGCGGCGGCAGCGGGUGCGGAUUCGGCACAGAGGAAAGGGUCGAGCAGCUUCCGGUCAAGCCACGACGCCGGAACCGACAACGGGGCCGGCAACGGCGAUGAUAAGUCCUCGACCACCGUCGAGGGUGCUGCUGCCACCGCCGCCGCCGCAGCCGCUGCUGGGGUCAUCGCUGCUGGUGCCGCUACCAAGGCCGCGUGUUCAGGGGGAAGCAGCGAACGCGAGAAUGUCGACGACGAAAUGGAAGUCGGCGGGGGCAGGGGUUUUCGAAGAAAUCGGGGUAGCGUGAGCAGUGGCAGCGAACCAGACCGAAGAGAACGAGGCGGAGGAGGAGGAGGAGGAGGGGAGGGGGAGCAGAAACAAGGAGUGAGGAGACUAUCAGCAAGGAUUAUCGAGGGUAUCCAGGGUGGGGCGAAGGAACUUGCUGGUCAACUCAAGGGCGAUCGUGUUCCGAGCGGCGAUGGUGGCUCGGUCUACAAGGACCCGGACGUCGAGUCGGGCACAAGGGCGCUACAACCGCACGACCCCAGAGGUGAAAUUGAGCCACCCGUGUCCCUCUCUGGUGUGGAGCAGCGAGAGGAAUCUCGGCCAAAGUCGCAACAACAGUCGCCAGAACCGCGAGAGCUACAGCAACGACACCAGAAACGAGAGAGCGCUACCGGCGCUCCUAAAAAAAGCAACCAACGAGCGAGAAUAUACCCGGACGGCAUUCAGGUCGAGGACGAAGGCGGUGGCGGCGGUGGCGGCGCCAGCUUGAGUUUAAAUCAUCCUCAUGGUGGGGGCGAGGGCAGUAUACCCACUAUUCAACAAGAACCGGACGCUGAAGAAAUUGCCCCCCAAGCGGAAGAGCAUAACCGCGAAGGAUCCGGGGACAGUCUUGCUGAUGUCGCCACCUCCCGGAGAAAGCAGCAGCAGCUCAACCGGGACCCGUUGACAUAUUCGCUCGACAACGAACCAAGCCACCCCCAAGAGGAGACGUCCCAAGGAGGACAGACCGGCGUCGUCGUCUGUAUGCAUGACACCUCCACGCCGCCUCCCAGGGGGCAAGAAGGUGCCCGAGAGAAUGCCCGAAGGAAACAAGAAGCGUUUCCCGCUGGUGCGCAAUCGGAAGCUACGCCCACCAUCCUCGAGCCCGAGAGAGCGGAUGAGGCAAAGGCGAACGCGAAGGCCCGAUCGGUGGCGGAGAGUCCCGUGGCGGUAAGCCCUGCCAGAAACCCCUCGGCCGCGGGCCCAACGAAGAAGACGACGGCCUCGGUUGGCCGUGGCGAAGACCGCUUCGUUUCUCAGGAACGAAAGGAGACGACGGGGGGAGCACCCGCUACCGUUGUCUUGCCCCCGGCUCCGUCCCCAGGAGACGGAGAAGAAGCAGGGGCAGGCAGCGGGGUCGAUUCUCUUGAGCCAAAGAUCUACAGCGAAGACGAAUGCAUCGGCAAGAAGCACGGGAAAAGCUACCGGAAGAGCGGCGGCAGGCGAAAGCACCACCACCGCAAGCACAGGCGCCACAAUCGACACAGAGACACUAGCUACGACGAGGAGGGGGGUGACGGAAGAAGGAGAGGUCGCCGCAGCAGCAGAGACUGCCUCUUGCGAGGGCCUACCCUCUCGACUACCUCCUCCUUGGCGCCCCUCAAGCGGGUCCCCCCUGCUUCGUUAUCGCCGGGGAAGAGUGCCGUUGGCGACGGCGCUGGGGCGCCGUCAGUGCCGUCUGUGGGGUUCGGCGGUGGGGGCGGUGAUCUCAGCGGCGACGGCGGUGGGUAGAAGAAGGCAUCAUUUCAUCGUUACACUCACGCUGUAUAGCGAUGGCAACAACCUUGGCGCCGUCUUUUUGGUCGCUUUCCCGAUGGAACGUGUUACUACACGGCGUGGACAAAGAGGUUUUUCGUCCACGUGUUUGGGUGCAGGUGUUGUUGCUGCACGGUACGCAUACCCUGGAGCACCUUGGAUUGUGAUCGCAUGCGUUAAAGAGCGGAAGUCGGUGUUUAGAUCUCCGACAUGUUUGAGGAGAUUUUCAGGAGCCAAGGGAAUCUAGGCAGCGUGUCGACGGGAUUGUCCAGGAUGAAAACACGGAGGGUGGGAACCGAAGCAUUGUUGGCUUCGCCGGGACCGGCAUGUUCUUGGUACGGCAGCCGUCGCCACGUUAUUGGCUGCAAACCGUGCCGACGUCGGGAAUUGUUCAGUGAUGCAGCAGGACGUUCUUUACCAUUGAACAACCUCCCCGAAACGAGUCUGCGGCAGUAACCGAAGACAGCAGUAGAGGAUUUGUCCUCACCGCCGUGGUAAAGGGUAGGGAAGAAAUGUAUGCCUGAUGGCAGGCAACUCUUGUUCAAGGGUCGGCACGGCCGCCACGUAGUGCGAAAACCCACAUGUGUCAUGGUCGGCACUCAGUCCGUGGGAGCCAAAAUGGUUAAGAGGGAAACAUUUGGCUCUAGAAUGUACACAGAAUACCUUGAUGCGUAAAUGCCUGCUCGCACCUCCACGUCUAGGGGCGGCCUAGGUCGAAUCGGCGGUAUAGCCGACGAUGAACACUCCCCGACGUCCUACAUGUGUGCGGAGAGCUUGGAUACCCCAGGGUGGUAGACUCCAAUAGUUUGUACACGAUAUUUAGAUUAUUACUCAUCCCCAAGCCUGACAUGUGGGUGUUCUGCUUUAGGUUUAAGUGUUGUUGCCCCGCGUUGUUUUUUCAAGCCUCUCCGUUAAUUUUUUGUAGAGAGCAUGUUACAUUGUUGCGAG